ACCUUGUACCCGACAAUUUGAGAGAUCUUCUCUCUCCCCUUUUUUUCUUCUUCAACCUACCCUAUUGCCCUGGUUUUUUUAUAAUCUUUUAGGGCAACUUGCGAUCGCCUGUGCUCCGAUCUUUCCAGACUUUCGUUUAUUUUAUACGCAUGUUCCCAUUAUAUCGUUGGUUGGGAUAAUUUGGUUGUCGGGCUAGCUGUGGGUCGACGAUAGUAGUCAACCGCAACAAUGGGCAUCGCUGAGCGAAGGUCCAUUCGCUCUUGUAUUUCACGCAUAUCUCGCCCCCAAAAGAUAAUAUUAGGCGUCUUCGCCUUUUUAUUUAUCAUCUAUAGCUUGACCCCAUACGAUAGCCGAGCGAGGUCGUUCUUCAGAUUCCAACACAACGUUAUCGAGGACUACUACCAAAAUGUCCACCCGACCGAUUCUUGGCUAUACAAAACCCAGCCUUAUCCUAUUGACCCCCAAAACGAUGUCGCCAUAAUAGUGAAAACUGGGUUUGGAACGAGGAGAAGAGUGCCGGCGGCGUUAGAAGCUUUGAGCAACGAGUCUUUUUUUGCGGAUACGAUCGUCGCCCAGGAUUUCCCACUACUCCCGGACCAAAAGAACUACACAUUAAAAAAUGGCAAAGAGGUGCCAGUUAUUGAUAUUAUUGGCUGGAACCUGGAACGGGGGGCUUUAAAGGGCCAAGAACAACAGGAACGAAUAAUGAAAUACGAGAAUUUGGCUGAUGCUGUCGAUGGCGAGGAGUGGAUGCUCGCUGAUGGACUAGGGAAGGAUAUGGGGUGGGAACUUGAUGCGAUGAAGUUCUUACCUAGUCUCGAAUACGUCUGGCAAACCCUACCGAAGAAGAAGUGGUACAUCAUGGCCGAUGAUGACACUUAUAUGAUCAAAUCGUCGCUGGCUCUAGUUUUGGGUCACUUGAAUUACGCCAAGCCGCAGUUCCUUGGAAAUCCCGUCGGCGACUAUAAAGGCCGCUUCCCACACGGUGGAUCAUCUGUGGUUAUGUCCGGCGCGGCGCUCAGCAAACUAUAUGAUAGGCAUCCUGAAGUGGUAGCCGAAGGCAAUCAGGAAUCAGCUACCGCGAUCUGGGGCGAUAAAUUACUUUCUACAACAUUCAUGAAAAUAGGAGUCUACCUAGACGAAACGUACCGACGACUUUUCAACGGCGAGCCUCCCUGGAUGACGCGAAUGUGGGUUGACCGUUUCUGUCUACCGCUCGUUUCUUUCCAUGGUCUUGGUAGCGGUGACAACAUGCUACACGUCGGGGAAACCUUCAAAAACAUGAAGGAACCUGUUUUCUGGAGGCAGUUGGGUAAGAUCUAUGGGGCGCCGGAAUUUGCUUCAUUCAUUGCCGAACCGAUUCGAGCGAAUGUGGACUAUGUAGGACGACUUGACGAAUACAGCACGACCGUCGACAAAAUUACAGAAGUUGACGAGUGUGUCAAGAUUUGCCACGAACACUCGGCCGAAUGCCUAGCCUGGACAUUUGACCCUGGCCGCAAAUUGUGUCACUUUGCCCGAUGGGCCAUCCUUGGCGAUGUUGCCGAGGGUCGAUUUUCCGGAAUUAAUGGACAGCUGGCUCAGAAGCUUGAGGGAUCAUGCCAUUCUCCGCCGUAGAAUCCUUGAUUCUUUUUAAACCUCAUUGCAACUUUUAUUAUGUAUAUAUAUACACGAAGCUGGUAUGAUUCACAUGACGUUGUUUCAUUCAGCAGGGCACAUGCUAUUCGGACGGGUAGUAUAGACUUUAUUGAGAGAAAAGGGGUAGGGCCACGUGACUUGGAAUGAUACCCGGGACGACCUGUAAUUUGUAAUGGAUUCUAGAUGAGUAUCCUAAUACUAAUUGGCAUCAAUAAAUUGACUCCAAAAGAAUGUAACUUGCGAUCAUAACGGAAUGUACUGCUGACUAUAAAGGUACUGAUGACAUUAUGCAUCCCCUAUUAUCACGCGAACAGCUAUGUGUAUUAGGGAGCAAUUUCUGG